UCUCCCGACUGCGAUCCGCGACGCUGACGAACUCGGCGAUGGGUUGAGACAACACCUCGACUCGCUUAACGUCUCGUUCAUGCAAUAUGCGCGGUAUCCCGGUACACCGACGCUGCAGCUCACGACGCAACCGCUCUUUCAGCCGUCGCGAUCGUUUGACUUUUUCGCGUGGUGUUUUGUGUUCGACUGGGUCCUCGGGAACCGGGAGGUCGUGGCGUUUGUCGGGGACAUCGGCAACUUGACGCUUCUCACAGAUUACGAAGCACCGCUGACCCACGACGCACCCGCGCGGGAACUGCCGAUCGAGCUCGCGCAGUACUCGCGCCUCGUCGCGACGUACGUGACGAUCGUCAUGAUCAGCAUCGCCUGCCUCGUGCAGCUCUAUAUUUACGUCGCGCGCGGCUACGUCGAGGCGUUGAACCUUCUCGAGCUCAACCGCGUCGGCGGCAUGGUAUGGGUCGGUCGGCCGCUGCUCGCGAUCCGAAGCCUCUCGGCCGUGGCCUUGCUAGCAACGGGCACAAUCGAGCUAUCGUACUCGGGGUAUGUCAGCCGCUUCGUCGAGGCGCCCAACGCGUGGUACAAGACGUGGCUCGUUGCGACCGAAGUCACGUGGCUUGUCGCGAUCGUCAACGACGUUGCCAUGGUCUUUACGCGCGCGCACACAACGUACUACGCGACACCCAACAGCUUCCUCGUGUGGUUCAUCACCGCGUCGCUCAGCUACUUUUCGCCCGUCGGGCACACAGUCACCAUCGAUAGAACGUGCAGCCUCGCCGACCUCGACUUGCAAGUCGUCUGCAAUAGCGGCAACAUCGUCAUCGGCCAUGUGGACCGCCUCAUUCUGAUUGUCAGCAUCGUGGUGGGCUGCAACGUGGUUUGCUUCCUCACCGCCUGGAAAUGGUUGCGCACCGCAUCGUCUUCGUCGAGCAGCGACUCGCGCAUGCUCUGUGCGGGCGCCAAGUACCUCUUCUUUGAUGCGCACUGGACGGUUGGCAACAUUUACUACCUCGACCGCGCCUCCGCCGUGCUCAACGGCAUUUUGACAUAUCGGCACAAGAACCGCUUCUUCGCACUCGACAUCAAGCGCUGGUGCAUCUACGCAGUGGAGCUACCGAUGACGUGGCGCGUCCCCGAAGAUCAUCCGCUGUACGCGGCAUCACGCCACGCGUUCCCGUUGACCGAUUAAUG